AUGAUCAGUGAAAACGACGCGAAAAAGCCUCCUUCACCAUUCAAGUCUAUUAGUCGAGCCACAAAACCAAUGCGACCUACUAGCUUGGCUGAUGUUCGGAUGGGAGAUCCAAAUGAUCGUUCUCAUAAGAAUACACAUCUCCACAAGUCAAAAUUUAUAAACUGUGAAGCCAGCAAUGGUGGGACUGUUUACAAUGGCGGGGCAAUAACUAUUGAUAAUUCUGUUUUACCAAAAAAAAAAAGAAAUUUGGAAAAGGAUGGGGAAUUAAAUACCAAGCUUACAGUCGAGAUCAAAGAGUUUGGAAAGAAGUUUGCUAAAGUUGAGUCUGAGAAUAUCGAGCUUAAAGCUGAAAAUAUAAAAGUUAAGACUGAAAAUACGGAGAUUAAAGCUGAUACCUCCGGAACCGUUUUACCAUCCAAGCGUACCAAUAUUUUCGAAGAAGAUUCGUCUAAAAAAAGCUUCCAAAUAAAACAAAAGACAGAUAAUAGAGAGGAUUCACCUAUUCUUAAGAAACUUAUCAAAGAACUCCAGAGCACCAAUUCCUCCCCGCAAAGCGAAACGAACCCUUUACAGAAAUCCAAAAUCCUCGUCUAUAAUAUCCUGAAAGAAGCGAGUGAAAGUAUCAACCAAAAUGUUGACGUUGCGGAACUGCCACCGUGUUCUGAAUGCGAUAAAGAAAUUUUUGCAAUUACUUUCGAACCAUUAAAUAUCCUGACGUGUGGACAUGUAUAUCAUAGAUAUUAUAUCGCGAAAAAAAAUUUAUUUACAGAAGAGAAUAAAUGUCCUUCUGGAUGUGGUAAAGUUAUCGAACCCGCGUUCCCUGCUAAACGAGAAUUUUCACAGCAAUCAUCACAGUCAAGUACCUUAUCAAUGAUUAGGAAGAUGAGUAAUCAACUUCAGAUAAAUUCACUGGUAAUUCAAGAAAAUGAGGAAAUGGAGGAUGCUAUCAGUAAUAAGCGGGCUAAUGAAACUACAGGUGAAUCUACAGAAAAUACUUCCAGCAAAAAACUAAGAAACGGGUUAAGGAUGAGGAUUCUUACAUAUUAA